AAUUGGCUCACCAUCUUGACGCUGUUCCCAAACUCUGCGGCCGCCCUCGUGGCUGGCUCCAUCUGCUACUUCUGCCACAAUGUGCUGAUUCAAGGCAACCCAACCUGGCAUCGGGUUCAGCGUCAACAUAAGUACGCUGUCUUUCCUGUCUCUCUUACACUUCCCCAGCUCGCAAAACCUCACCGAUUGAACUUUGUCAAUCAUCCACUCUUUUUUGAGCUCGUCUUGAUAUUUCAAGGUCAUAGACCUUAUCCGCUCUUUACAGCAAAUACAUUCGUACUAUUACAGCAAAAAUGCAAUAUCUUGCCUACGCCCUGCCACUGGCCGCUCUGGUCAGUGGUUCCUUUGCUAACCCACUCGAACAACGUGACUCAUGGGGUUCGAGCUCGGCUUCCGAUGCAUGCUUGGCUGCUGUCACCGGCCCGGCUGCUCUUGGUGAUGCUGGCCUUCGAGGAUCACACUGCGCAAGCUUCUUGGUCACCACUGUUACUCCUCCUGCCGUCACCGUCACGUCGACCAUCACCGGCUCUGCAGGCAAGUCCAAUUGGAAGCGCGCCAGCGUGACCGUCUGCCCUAACGAGGUGCCCAACUACGCCAGUGCUUGCGGCACCGCAGCCUACUCCAGCGCCUGCUCGGUAUUUGGCUACACAGUCGAGAAGACCACCACCAUCGCACCAACCACCACCACCAAGACCGUCUACGUUGUUCCUACCGGUCCUGCCACCGUUGUCUCCGGCACAACCUGCCCUGCUGCUGCAACUGUUACCGUCACUGCUGGCGGAAAGGGAUCUGGCUCCGGUGCUUCUACCGUCACCGUCACCGUCACUGAGACAUCCGGCUCUGGCAAGGGAUCGGGCUCCGGCAAAGGCUCUGGCUACUCCACCACUGCUGCCACCACCACUACCUCCAGCGCCGCAUCAUCCACCUGCGUCGUCACCGACGCUCUGGCCAGCGCGAUUGUCGCCAACUUCACCCAAUUGCUCGAGUUCACUUCCUACGCUGGAAAUGCCGAGGAGGGUCUCCCGGCCGGCAGCGGCUACAAGCAGGCUGUCUCGGACGCGACUUUGGCGUCUGAUUUCACCGACACCUCCGACUCCAUCAACUUCAUGGCUGGUUUCCCUCUCGGUUCCGUGACCUUUGCCAGCAAAGCGGCCUUCGACUACGGUCAGGGUGUCUUGCAACCCGAAGUUACCGUCAACACGCUCAACAUCUGGCACGACUGCAGCAGCGUGACCUGGAGAUGGCGCAUCGUUUCCCUUCCUUACCCUGUCAACGGCAUCAAUCACAUGCUCAUCGACUCUGAGGGCAAGGUCCAGAAGAACUACGCCGAGUUCGACAACGGUGCAUGGCUCGAGUCGUUCGGCCAGAAGUGCGCCACCUCCAACGUCACCGUGUCUACCACGGUCGCUACCAAGCGAUCUGUUGACACGGCUCUGCUGCGUGCUGCUCACCAGUAGACACUGCAUGUCUCUGGACGAA